AUGGUGGCCGACAAGAGCAAGAAGCUUAAGGUUUCUGAAAAGGGCGACAACGCCGAGGAAAUCGACGGAGAACUUGUCCUCUCCAUUGAAAAGUUGCAGGAAAUGCAAGAUGAGCUCGAAAAGAUCAAUGAGGAGGCUAGUGAUAAAGUUCUGGAAAUAGAGCAGAAGUACAACGAGAUAAGGAAGCCGCUGUAUGAUCAGCGCAAUGAUCUUAUCAAGUCUAUUCCUGAUUUCUGGUUAACUGCGGGAACUCUAGUUAUCAUGGAAGACACACGGCAGUAA